GGAUCACAGGCUACCGAGCUUUCACUAGAGAAGACAUUACAAAGUACGAAGAUACUUACAGAAGAUCUGAAAUGUGCUAUGGAACUAGCUUCAGGGGAAGAUGACUGCCUUUAUCAGAGACAAAAGUACUGCGUAGAGAGGCCCAUAUUCACCCAGGAAUAUCUCCAAGAACAUUUGCACCCAAGGAAGAAAGAGCCAGUGUCUAUCCUCAAAAAAAUCUCGCAGUCUUGCAGGUGUACUGCAAAGAAGGCCAAAUCUCAGCUGUUCAGUUUCCUUCCAAUUUUGAAAUGGCUGCCACGUUACCCAGUGAAAGAGUAUCUCAUGGGAGAUAUCGUUUCAGGCCUGAGCACCGGGGUCAUGCAGCUCCCACAGGGGUUAGCGUAUGCCCUGCUGGCAGCUGUACCGCCAGUGUUUGGACUGUAUUCUUCAUUUUAUCCAGUGUUCCUGUACACCUUCUUUGGAACAUCAAGACACGUAUCAAUAGGUACCUUUGCAGUAAUCAGCCUAAUGAUUGGUGGGGUCGCAAUAAGAAUUGCUCCAGAUGAGAUGUUUCAUAUAGUGGAAACCAAUGUCACAAACAGCACAGAUUACCUAGAGAAGAUUGAAGCAAGGGAUGCAAUGAGAGUGAAAGUAGCUGUUGCAAUUACUUUACUUUGUGGUCUAAUUCAGAUGUGUCUAGGCAUACUUCGAUUUGGCUUUGUAGCCAUCUACCUGACUGAACCUUUGGUACGAGGAUUCACCACAGCAGCUGCGGUACAUGUCUUUAUUUCUCAGUUAAAAUAUCUAUUGGGCAUUAAGACAAAGAGAUACAGUGGACUUCUAGCAGUCAUAUACAGCUUAGUCGAUGUAUUGUCUAAUAUCGCAAUGACCAAUGUGCCCACGCUGAUCAUUGGCCUUAUAUGCAUGGUACUACUGCUGGGUGCCAAGGAAGUUAAUGAUCGUUUUAAAAAGAAAUUGCCUGUUCCAAUUCCCAUGGAGAUCAUUGUUGUGAUUAUCUCAACUGGAGUUUCAACUGGGCUGAAUCUUGAAGGGUCAUAUGGUGUAGAUGUAGUUGGAAAUAUCCCUACAGGGUUUUACAUAAAUGAAUACAAGCUGGCCAUUGUGCACUCCCCUGUGGUUUUUCUCAACCCUCUAACUGCCACUUGUCUGGAAGGCUUGGAACUUAUUGCUAUGGGGCUGUGCAAUUCGAUCGGCUCUUUCUUUCAUACGUUUGCUGUGACCUGCUCAAUGUCUCGUAGCCUAGUUCAAGAGAGCACUGGAGGAAACACACAGAUUGCGGGUUUGCUGUCCUCCUUUAUGGUGCUUUUGGUCAUACUGGUCAUUGGAUAUCUAUUUCAACCAUUACCUCAGAGUAUCUGGGUAGUGUCCUUUGUGGCAUCGGUUUCCCUUGGCCUGGACUAUGGAUUGAUUGUUGCAGUGGCAUAUGCUAUUAUAACAGUAAUCUACCGUACACAAAGUUCAAAGUACAGUAUCCUAGGACAGAUUCCACUUACAGACAUAUACUGCGAUGUCGAGGAAUAUGAGGAGACCAAAGAAAUCCCUGGUAUAAAAAUAUUUCAGGCCAACACCUCCUUGUACUUUGCAAACAGUGAUCUUUAUGUCUGUGCUUUGAGAAAAAAGACUGGAAUAGAUCCAAAUGCUAUAUUAAUUGCCAAGAAAAAGGCCCAGAAGAGACAUGCCAAGGAACUGAAGAAAUCAAAUAAAAGUGAAAGGAGAGCAGUUUUGAAGCUUACAAAUGAUGUGGAAAUGGCAGUGAAACAUGAACUAAUGAACGACGAUCCAAUCACAGACUAUUCAGGAAAUGUGACAAAUGGAUCUGCUGAUGGCAAUCUGCACAAUUCACCUUCUGAAGAGUUACACUAUUUUAUGACUCCAGUCAUCAGUGUUAACACAAUCGUGCUGGACUUCACACCUGUAAACUUUGUUGAUUCUGUUGGAGUUAAAAUGCUCAAAACUAUUAUUAAGGAAUACAAAGAAAUUGGUGUUGAUAUCCUUCUGUCUGGCUGUAAUGGGUUGGUUGUACAAGAUCUGACCAGCUUGAAUUUCUUUGAUAAGAAUAUAAGAAGAGACAUAAUUUUUCACAGUAUUCACGAUGCUGUUAUCCACUGCAAGUUCAGAGCCUCGUCAUUGGCUCUCACGUCUUCAGAAGAGCAGGUCUUGAGCUCAGACACUCCAAGCCAGGUCUGAUGUUCUCAGAAUGUCUCUAUCGCCACAGAUCCUGCUACCGAGUACGAAGGAGAUUUUUUUUAACCUACGGAUAACUUGGCAAUCAUGCUUUUUUUAGGAACUUUGAACCGCUAUGGUUUGUGAAAAAAGGGCUGGUUUAUUUGCUGGCCUUAUACUGUUCAGCCCCUGUUACAUACCUAAUAGGCCAUACUGGCUUAUAAAGUUCAUUUAUAUUUUGCCCUGGAUUAUUGACAUAUUCUAUACCGUGGAGGAAACUUUAGCCAUUUAAAUAUGGUACAGUUUCAUCUCCCAUAAAUGGCCAGCUUUUAGUUGCACUUUUCUAUGUUUAUUAUUAGUGUAAUAUAUGUUCUCCAGUUGACGUUCCUGCAUCUCACUGCAUGUGGUUUGAACAGGUGGCGUGGGUGCUG